GAAUGUUACUUGAAUCUCAGUAGUUGGAGUGAAUUAUUUAAUAAAUUGCUGUGCGAAGUAGAUAACAAAGGAAGAAUGGAGGAAACAGGAAUUUCAGAAAGCGUUUUCAACCAGCUGUUGGAUGAUUUUUCAAGAUGGUAUAAUAGGCUUGGAUACAUCAAUAUGCUGAAAGUUUUGUACAAUAACAGAGAUCAUGUGCCAGUUUAUAAUCAGUUAAUUGAGGCUACUGAUGUGAGGUUCUUACUGAGUAUGUUAAUUGUUUCAGGGAAUUUGAGUCAAACGAAUCUCACUAUUCUCUACGACACAAUAAAAGUGACUGGACUAUUUGGCUUCAAAUCCAGAAUUGUACUUCCACCUUUACAAAGAAUCAGGGAACGUGAAGUAUCUAAAUUCUCAUGGUACAGACAAUUCCUGUUAAAGCUAGGAAUGCACAUGACUAGAUGUGAUAUAAAUAUGCUUGAUGUGCGAUAUAACAUGCCGUUUUUAAUGAAUUAUAAUGACAGCUGGCAAUUGAUUCUGGAUCUAGAGCAAAGGAAGGAGCUUUGUGAAGAAAAGAUUGACUAUUUUAUUGAAGGAUUACCAAGUUACAUGGCUAUGAAGGAUUUACUUGAAGGAAUGAAAUUUGAGAAGGGAUUUAGCUUCAAAAUGGUGAGCCUGAUUGUUGCAGAUGUGAUCCCAGUGGUAACUCAGUUAGGGACCUGUGAUAUUGAGCUUUGUUUCGGCGACAUUACUAAACUUCCUGUAGAAGAAAAAGUUGAUAUUGUGGUUGUUUCUGCCUUUCGAGGAGAUUAUAGUCCAACACCAACGUCCCUGAUUGGGUCCUUGAAACUAAGUCUAGGUCUUGAUGUCAGAAGGCUUGCUCAAAACAAAGAAGAAGAUCUACGUGAGAUACACCACUGCUGGUGGACGUCUGUGCUGCCGAAGCACCUGCCAUUCAAACGACUCAUGUGUUUUGAAGCUGAACAUGAAGGUUUUUCUAGGCCACAAGAACAUGUUGGAGAUGUGUUUCGUUGUCUGAAUCUAAUUCUGAAUAAUCAAGAUGGUUCCGUCAUUACACCUCUACUUAAUACAGGUGACCAGGUAAGGAGGAAUAGGGUAGUGGGAAAAUAUUUCCACCUAACGUGAUACAGAGGAACAUGUUCGUUUGGUAAAGAUAUACUGUGCUACCCCAAAGAUAUGUGAAAAUCCUCCCAAAUUCAGAUAGCACUUUGUCGUACUCACUUAAGAAACUAGUUGUGGUUAUUGAAACUUUAAAAAAAUAUUGACGCCAACAGAACAAUCAUCUACACUAUUUUCAGCGA